GCCGAAUCCCCGCACGCGCGAUUUCGAACAGUCAAUGGACGCGAUUUGGUGACUCGUCGUGGCUACAAGUAUCGAGCAUUACUACAAGUAUGAUGAAGCCCCGGGUCGCUUCGAGAAUUCGGGAAGCCUUCGCUGCGCACGGACAGGAGCACGUUUUUCGAUUCGUGGAGCGCGGUCAUUUAGACAACGUGGAAGCUGCGUCCUUCUUGGCGUCAUUGGAUGCCCUAGACUUGGGACGAAUCGGUGCUAUCUACGAGGCUGCGAAUAAAUCAGCAGCAGCAAAGGCUGAUUCGGCGAAGAUCACACCGGUACCAGUGCAUGGGAUUGAUAGUGUGCUCGACGCUACGGCCAAGCAGUUAAACGCCUGGCGAAAGUUAGGCCUAGCAGCUCUCGAAUCUGGAUCUGUGGCAGCACUUGUGAUGGCAGGCGGUCAAGGAACACGCCUGGGUUUUGACGGGCCGAAAGGGUUAUUUGAUGUUGAACUACCAUCUAAAAAAUGUCUGUUCCAUUUGCUUGCCGAACGUCUGAUCAAGUUGGAGACGCUCUGUGGAACACAGCCAUUGCUUGUUGUGAUGACGUCCUUGCUCAACAUCAAAGAAACUCAGCAAGCAUUCGAGGCUGCUAAGUACUAUGGUUUGGCGAAAUCAAACGUUGUGUUUUUCUCUCAGGACACUUUACCUGCAUUUUCACCUGAUGGCAAGCUGUUUCUGCAAAGUGGCACGGAGCUCGCGCUCGCCCCGGAUGGAAACGGUGGUAUAUACCACGCGCUAAGUCAGACAGGUACGUUACAGCAACUUGAAGCUCGGGGCGUAAGCCACGUUCAUGUUAUCUCCGUGGACAACGCCCUCUGCAAGCCCUGUGAUCCGGUUUUCAUCGGCUACUGCAUCUCCAAGAAUGUUCCAGUUGGCUCGAAAGUUUGCUGGAAAAAUUCUCCAGCAGAGCGUGUCGGUGUCCUUUGCGAGCGUGGUGGCCGCCCUGCUGUCGUUGAGUAUUCAGAGUUGCCAAGCAUCCUGGCCCAUGCUACUAAUGCCCAUGGCGAGCUCCUGUACGGCGCGGGUAAUAUAUGCAAUCACCUCCUUCGCUCUGACUUUCUCGCACUGGCCACAACCGCUCCUCCCAGAGUGCUUCCAUACCAUAUUGCAAGUAAGGCAAUUCCCUUUGCUGACAAUGAUGACUACCGUGGUGCCCGGAAGCAACCCAAAGCUGACGCUAUACCCAAUGCCAUAAAGCUUGAAGCCUUCAUCUUUGAUGCCUUCAUGCUGGCAUCUCGUCAGGCAGCGCUCAUCGUUAGUCGCAAGGAGGAAUUCGCCCCGGUGAAGAAUCAUCCUGCCAAGACCCAUGACGACACGCCUAUUACUGCACGUGCCGCCCUACUUGUCCGUGGGGCUAUAUGGGCCCAGGCUGCCGGUGCCGUUGUCCAAGGCAAGGGUGGCGUUGAGGUUUCUCCUCUUCGUUCUUAUGCUGGUGAAGGGCUCAGCUUCCUUGCGGGGGAAACUCUGGAUGCCACCAAUGGGCCCGUCUCCCUGCUGUAGUUGUAUUCACGGGCGGGCGUGGCCGCACCGUGUAGAGAGGGGCACCUCUAAUUAGGGAACGUCG